AAUUCGCCGUAAACAUUCAGUUCUCAGCAGCCUUCCCUGGGUACUUCCAGAUAAGAUAAGUGGUGAUCGUAUUAAUUAAUAAUAAUUACCGUGAUGUCGGAUCUGAAUGGUACUGCGGUUCUAAUUGUGAGUGUGUGCAGUCAAGUUAAUUGACUCAAAUUGAGUGAUUGGAUGCGCUUCUCCUGCCCGCAAUGGAGCAGCGAAUCAGCAAGUUGAGAGGCUUUUUGAGCCUCAAUAGUGAUCCGCAUGGGACCAGGCCGAGUGAGCCUCAAAUCGGGUUCAAAGUGAGUUUCAGUGAAUCGUUGGGGGUGCUCAAUGUGAAAGUGAUCGGGGCCAAACAGCUGCCCACCGAUUAUGGUAGUUCGAAAGCGCGAGGAUAUGUUGUCAAGGUUACCGUGUUUCCGCUGAAGGAGAAGUUCGAAACGAAAACGAUAAAGGACAACUGGCCGACGAUAAAUGAGGAGUUUGCCUUCAGUCUCGCCAACUCGGGCAAACGCUCGGGAGAUCUGCUCAAAGGAGUUUUCAUCUCGUUCACCAUCUACGCCACCUUGGAGGAGAACAAGGAGGACCAGCAGGUGAAGCACGAAAAGGGCGUGAUGAGGAGGUUUUUCUCCUUUGACGAGAAUAGUCAGUUCUCGCGGAAUAAUGUCAAUAGGAGUUUUAGUCGAAGGAGUUUUAGAAACUCUAUGAAAGAUCGACGAACAAUCGGAGCAGUGACUUACAAUAUCGAGCGCAAGAAUUUCACGCAAAACCUCAACGGUUACGUAAUCAGCACUCCAGAUGUGUGGAGGAGUGUGAAGGAAAUCACCAGUGGGAUCCAGACGCAACCUAGAGAAGGCAAAAAAGGCUGCAUAGAACUGACACUGCAAUAUGCAGUUAGUGAGGAUGGAACGAACGAUGUGGUGGAGAUUACGGUGACCAAGUUCCGAUGCAGUUUGCAAACUAUGCAGGAGCAUGAGCGAGUUGGAGGGCAGCUGUACAUAAAGAUCCAGGCGUUUGAAAGUGACGACAUCAUCCAGUCGAAGAAGAGCGACUGCUUCGAACCGACCAUCAGCCUGAAGCUGGAAGCGAAUUCGGCCACUCUUCGGGCGACUGUGAACAGCUACAUGCUGAAGCAGGUGAAAAUUGUGAUAAGACUGAUGGCGAAGAACAUCUUCAAGAAGAAAACCCUACUGGGAGUGAUCGAGGUUAGCACUGAGGAGCCGUUUUGGAAGGAAAUCGUUUCCGGUCCGGGCGUUCCCGUCACCAAAAUGGUGAACUUCGAGUAGACUAGAUGUAACUGUUUUGUAAAUACAUUCUUGUUGUCGGAUG